GAUUUAUAACAAAAAGAAAAAAAUGCAUCAGGUUACAGUAUCAGUUAUUUUGAUGGUCCUUGUUUCUACUGUCCAAUCUUGUAGAAUGCAAGGACAGUCGUGUACCCCUGGAGCAAGCGUUAACAAUAUUGGUAGUCCUGGCAUGGGCAUGCCAGGGAUGGGUAUGCCAGGAAUGGGCAUGCCAGGUAUGGGUAUGCCAGGUAUGGGCAUGCCAGGUAUGGGUAUGCCAGGUAUGGGAAUGCCAGGAAUGGGUAUGGGCACCCCGGGUAUGACAGCACAGAGUAGUAAAUGUUGUACUGGAUAUUGUGAUACUAUGACCUAUAAAUGUAAAGGUUCAAUGGGGUAAAACUGUUUUAUAUGCUCUGUAAAAAUCGACAAAAUAAAAUUGUCCAUCACGAUU